AUGAGAGUAAGAGAUACUUUGGUAUACCGUGACCAUGUCGAAGCAAUAAAAUCUGGUUUUGCAUCAAGCAUUUUCAUUUGUAAUCAACUCAUUCACCUUUACUCCAAACAUGCCCUUUUGGAAGAUGCCCAAAAACUGUUCGACGAAAUCCCCCACCCAAAUAUAUUCUCUUGGAAUGCCAUUAUUAUGGCUUACAUAAAAGCACACAACUUGAAACAAGCACGAACCAUUUUUGACUCUGCCUCUCAUAGAGAUUUGGUUUCUUAUAAUUCCAUUUUGUCUGGUUAUGUUGGUGCUGACGGGUAUGAAACUGAAGCACUUGAUUUGUUUACUAGAAUGCAAUCUGCACGUGAUACAAUUGGGAUUGAUGAGUUCACUCUUACAACCAUGCUUAACCUUACUGCCAAACUACGUGUGGUGUGUUACGGGAAGCAGAUGCAUUCAUAUAUGGUGAAAACUGCAAAUGAUUUAAGUAAGUUUGCAGUGAGUUCUCUCAUCGACAUGUACUCUAAAUGUGGUUUGUUUUGUGAAGCGUGCAAUGUGUUUAGUGAUUGUGAUGUGAUGGUGGACUUGGUUUCAAAGAAUGCAAUGGUCGCAGCUUGUUGUAGGGAACAAAAGAUGGACAUGGCUUUGAAUGUAUUUUGGAAAAAUCCUGAAUUAAAUGAUACUGUUUCUUGGAAUACAUUGAUUGCGGGAUAUGCCCAGAAUGGCUAUAUGGAGAAAUCACUUACCUUGUUUGUUGAGAUGAUUGAAAAUGGUAUUGGGUGCAAUGAACACACAUUAGCAAGUGUUUUGAGUGCCUGUUCUGGUCUAAAAUGUUUGAAACUUGGCAAGUGUGUCCAUGCUUGGGGGUUGAAAAAUGGUUACAGUUCAAAUCAAUUUAUUAGCAGUGGCAUUGUCGACUUCUACUGUAAGUGUGGGAAUAUUAGGUAUGCAAAGUCAGUCUAUGAUGGAAUUGGGAUCAAAAGCCCAUUUGCAGCUGCUUCACUAAUUGCAGGCUAUUCAUCUCAAGGCAACAUGACAGAAGCCCAAAGACUUUUUGAUUCACUAUCGGAAAGAAACUCUGUUGUCUGGACGGCUCUAUGUUCUGGCUAUGUCAAAUCACAACAAUGCGAGGCAGUCUUCAAACUUUUCAGAGAGUAUAGAACAACAGAAGCACUAGUUCCUGAUGCAAUGAUUAUCAUCAGUGUACUUGGUGCAUGUGCAAUACAAGCUGCCCUUAGUUUGGGGAAGCAGAUUCAUGCUUACAUCUUGCGAGUGAGACUUAAUAUGGAUGAAAAAUUGCUGAGUGCUUUUGUUGAUAUGUACUCAAAAUGUGGGAAUAUCACAUAUGCUGAGAAAAUCUUCCAACUAGUCACAGAUAGUGAUAGAGAUGCAGUCUUAUAUAAUGUCAUGAUAGCUGGUUAUGCUCAUCAUGGUUUUGAAAAUAAAGCUAUUCAGCUUUUUCAGGAAAUGUUGAAGAAAAGCGUCAAGCCAGAUGCAGUCACUUUUGUUGCACUUCUAUCAGCUUGUCGGCACCGCGGAUUAGUAGAACUAGGAGAGCAAUUUUUUAUUUCUAUGGAAGAAGAUUACAAUGUAUUUCCCGAGAUAUACCACUAUGCUUGUAUGGUUGAUAUGUAUGGAAAGGCUAAUCAACUAGAAAAGGCAGUAGAAUUUAUGAGAAAGAUUCCCAUACAGAUAGAUGCUACAAUCUGGGGAGCAUUUCUUAAUGCUUGUCAGACAAGCAGCAAUACAGCACUUGUCAAACAGGCAGAAGAGAAACUAUUAAAAGCUGAGGCAGAUAAUGGGUCUAGGUAUGUGCAAUUGGCCAAUGUCUACGCUGCCGAGGGGAAAUGGGAUGAGAUGGGAAGAAUGAGAAAGAAAAUGAGAGUGAAGGAGGCUAAGAAGCUUGCUGGUUGCAGUUGGAUAUAUGUGGAAAAUGGUAAUCAUGUAUUUACUUCUGGGGACACAUCUCAUUCAAAAGCAGAUGCAAUAUACUCAACUUUGGUAGGCUUGAAUGGGGAACUGUAUUUAUCUUUCCCCGAACUGAAGCAACUUUAUGAAAUUGGGGGUGAUGUUGUUGAGGACAUAUUUUGAUAAUCAA